CAUUUUAAAAUUUUAGUAAUUUAAAGGUUACUAAAAUAAUUAAAAUCUAAAAUCAAGAUUCGACACAAGUGAUAAACUUUGAGUUGAUUGAGUAAUGAUUGAACAAUAAGAUUUCUACACAAUUCGUAAUUUAUAAAACCAGACCAUUUUACUCCUAGUCGGAUUAGGGAAUUCCGAGAGGAGAGUUUGUGUUGGUUUAAUUUCCUAGCUUUCCUCCAGUCGCAAUUCGGGAAUCCGACUCCGGUAUUUUGGUAAGCUAAUUGGAACUCCCGCUAUUUGGCUUGUCAGACGCCAAACUUCCGUAUUUUGGUAAUUUCCUCUCUCAGAGGCUUCUGGCUUGUUAUAAGAUGUGAUUCUCCACCUGCAUCUGUAUGGGGACAUUUGCUACCGACAGAGAUCACAUUCGCAAGUGUUAUGGUGAGCUCUGCUUCUCUCUCUUUCAAGAAACAAAACAGACUAUCCUCCUUUCACAAAAAUCAGAAGGGCACUUUCAUCUAAUUUUCCCUUGAUUAUGGUUCUUUUUCUUGGCGUAGCUCAUGUUAAGGGGAUAAGUUCCCCCCUAAACAGAGCAUUCUCCAAUGUCAGUGCAUCGGAACUCCAAAUACCGGACAUAGCGAGGCGUGCAAGAAAAAUGCCAGCGGGAGUUGUUCAGUUCACUGUACAAGGAACAUAUGCCCCCUUCCUUGCUGGGUGACUCAUAAAGUAUUUAUCCCGGCGGUCAGGUAAGAGAGGAACAGAGUAACCUAAACAGUCGGAGAUGUCACCAAUUGCCUGAGCUCAAAUCUGACGACAUCAAACCCACCAUCCAUCUUUAUCUUCUCCAGACUUCACUACACUCGAUUUCUAUUGGGUUCACCGCCAUUGGAAUUCCGCGUCCAGAUAGACACCGACAGUGAAAUUUCAUGGGUCAGUUGUGCAUCGUGCAAUGGCUGUCCACUAUCUAGCGGAUUUCUGUUCCACCUUCAAUUCUUCAACCCGCAAGGUUCCUCUACAUCUUCGUUUAUCCCAUGCUCGGAUCAUCGGUGUGCUUCCCACAACCCUGGAUGUUCAAGCAGUAAUAAUCUAUGCAAAUACAACAUUACAUAUGGAGAUGGUGGGGAGACAGCAGGUUACUACAUUGCGGACAACAUUCAUUUGGAUAUGAUUAAUGGUAAUAAAUAUGCUUCAAGUGUGAUCCCCAUUGUAUUCGGGUGUAGUACUUAUCAGCUCGGAUAUUUCGCACAAAGCAACCUGGCACUUGAUGGGAUCUUCGGGUUUAAUCGAAAUAAAAUGUCCAUUAUCUCGCAGCUUUCCUCCGAAGGUGUCAUCUCAAAAGUAUUCUCCCACUGCCUAAAAGAAGGAGAGGGCAGUUUUUUUGUGCUUGGUGAGGCAAUCGGGUUGAAUCUCAUGUGGACUCCCCUCGCUCCACACAAAGCCAGUAAAUCAACAGCAUGGAGAACCGACGUACAACAUGGGCGUACAGUCUGAAGCCUAGAGAGAACUGCAACGGCUAGGCGGGCAAAACAAACAGAACCCAUACAGCUCCGAAGAGAAAGAUAAACAACAAGUUGUUUAUCCUCUGCAAUCAAGAUUCAACGAACAAGAUUGAUCUAUCCUAACCAACGGAUAAGAUCGAUUGACCGGAGAGCCUAUAAAUAUAGGCAGAAACGAAAGUUUCUAACCAAGCCUGAGCACACUAAGUAGAGAGAUAUUCCUUUGAGCAAAAAGUGCUGUUCUAUUCACGACUCUCUACUUAGACUCUUGCUUCACUAAACUUCUUAGUAUCAAGCAUUCAUUGUCAAAAUCCUAGAAGUUUAGUUCCUAGUUGGAGGUUAGAACUUUCUUUAAACAAAACAGAUUAUUGUUGGGAAAACACUUCAGGAGGACAGUUGUUCCCGGCCUGAGUGUUGGUAGAUAGGUCAGGAGUACCUUUUGAUCCCCACUGGAUCAAUUGAGAAAAACCUAAAGGAUUGAGUAGCUUGGAAUGGUGUUGUACUCCUCGUGAAAUACCUUCAAUCUAGGCCAGAGUUGUCAAGGCUAGAUUGACACUAAGUGUAUUGGGCUUAAUACAUUAGUGAAAUCCAUUUGAAAUAGGAUGGGACUGGAUGUAGGAGGAUUACACCACCUCUGAACCAGGAUAUAUUGUGUGUUGAUUUACUUUCAGUCAACAAGACACACACUGAACACUUCUCACAUAAAGAUCGGAGUUUGCCAGCAGCAUCCUAAGCAGUUGUCUUAAUUGACUCAACUGCUUAUCCUACUGCUUAAUCACUCACUCUCUUUGAGAUACAAGAGCUUCACAAUAUCAUUACAAAAAGGUCUGUCUCAUUAAGUUUUUCAGGAAAUACCACUUAAGGCACAACAAUUGCCUCAACAGUCUCCUACGGACUACACAACUGCUGAGCCCACUGCUCACCCAAACGUAUUUCCUGUGAACAUCUUGACACUACUAGACCUUUACAUCUUUAUUUCCAAGAAGUCUGUUCAAAAUAAUCUCUGUGAUUCAGGGUGAUAACCAAGCAGGUACCUCUACAGUUCCCUCACUAUCACCUAACUGCCUUACACCUCUGCCUAAGCAAAACCCUCUACAUACUUGGCACAAAGCACAUCUUCAUAAAGCCCACAUCAUCCUGAGCAACACCAUAUAAUCAAACCUUCCAUACCUUCACCAUUACUUCAGCAGGUGCCUCAGCAGUUCCCUGGUUUCCACCCAACUGCUGAGACAACUGCUCUCAUUCAAUGUUGAUUAUCAAUCCACUUCAGUACAUCAUCAGGAAGCUCUUCCCACUCCCAGAAAGAUUCUGAAUGAACCCUCAUCAUACUUCAAGUAUUUGGUAAGCAGACGACUAAGCAAUUCCCUGCUUCCUAGCCAACUGCCUAGCCAACUGCUCUCCAAUAAGCAAAGACUUUCAUCCAUCACAGAAAGCUGUUACUCAUUACAUAAAGGGUAAAGACUUCCGCUGUGCAUCUCUUAAUCUCUCAAAAGAUUAUAGAUCAACUCCUUUAGAGGGGAAUAUCUGAAAAGGUCGAAAAGAUUUAAAAGUCUAUUCACCCCCCCCUCUAGACUUUUACCCUAUCCGGGACCAUCAGAAGCUAAUGGAAGAUUAGGGCAAGCGAGAACACUCAAAUCUACCCUCCCUUCAUCUUACAAUCCCAUUGCAAUAGCAUAUACUGGUCACCUCUUACAAACCUACAAAAACUGUUAGGAAAUUGAUGUAACGUACCUCGAAAGUACAACAACGGAAGUUUAGAAUUUUCCCAAACAGAUCUUCUCUGAUUAUGACAAAACAACGAAUAUAACAAUAAUCGUUGAUCUGAGUUAGAACAUAGAUCUUCCAGCCUAGCGGUGAUAAUCCUUGACCUUAGGUAUCCACGUGAUUUCUCCUUUCCGAAAGAACGGUGAGAUCUCCCUAAGAGAAAGGCUAGGAAAUCUCUUCGCAGGGAAAUAAACUGGUAAUACUGAAUCGGAAAACUGGUCUAUGAAUUAUGAAGGAGGAGGAUGUAUUUAUACUAGUUCUAAACUAGUUCCCAAUCACAAUGAAAGUCUGAUAGGAACCCAUUAGUAUAAUAUUAGUAAUAAUAAUAGAAGUAUAUUAAAUAAGUGUGGUAGUGUAUAAGUAAGGAUCCCGGGCCAUGUCAUAAAAUAUGGGCUGGGCCGUUAGGAUAUAUUAUUACUAUAAGAAUGGGAAGGGGAGAAGAUGAGAGUUGGGCAGAAUUUGGAUCUGGAAUUAGGCCUUGGGAGUGUGAGAUGACUCGAACUGUCUCAAACCUUUCUUCUCCUCUAUUUUCUGUUUUACGCUACUGUAUGUGGGUUUACUUUUAUGCGACAUUGUACUGGGAGGAUCGGUUCCUCAGAUUUUAUCAAUUGAACACUAAAUUUCUGCUGCUUUGUUGAGUUACCUAUCAUUGGUAUCAGAGCACUAGCUCUUGGUGAUCGGAAUUGAUUGGCGACCUCAGCAACACUUACGUUCUGUGGUGGAUGGUAAGAACAAGCGCGAAAAUAGAGUUUCGCAUGGAUACUCUGGAACGGAAUUUGGCAGAGAUGAACGGGAAACUGUCCGAGGUACAAGAGAUGUUACGAUCAUCGGUGGAUGAUCGGCGUACUGCAAUGGAAAAUUUGGCGGCAAACUUAGCGGCAUCCAUGGCCGCGAUGAAUGAACAGCUUUGAUCCAGAGAGAGGCCGCGAUUGCGGUCGACAACAAUGUCCUUCAGUUCACCAACUAUUUCUCCCAGAUUGUCGCGAAAUGAGCAGGUUUUUUCUAAAUCACGAGAAACUCCUUCCAGUUCUCUAGUUUCAUCGCUGGACUAUUCUCUCAAUUCGCAAUCUUCUACGCGAACUACUGUUUCUCCCUACAGCUCACCAUCGUGAACAGUUUUGCCUAAUUCACAGAUCGCGUCCCGUGCACACGUCUAUUUUCCGCCGCGAGCACUUCCUUCGAGUUAUCUUGCUUCUUCGCGAACGUCAUCUCAUAGUUCACAAUCGGGAAUUUCUCGGCAAUCGCAGUCGCAAAUAGUUUCUACCAGUUCACAGGUUUCCUUACCUAUAUCUACUUCCAGCUUGCAAUCUUCUACGCAAGCCGUAUCUCCAGGUUCGCAGACUUCGUCAUACACCAGCAGCUCACUUCAAGGUACAACGCGAUCAGAAGGAGGAGCUUCCAGUUCGCCCUUGCUGUCCGAGUCACAUGAGUCUGGCAACCCACGGAAACCUCUCUCUGAGGAUACAUUCAUAGGUAAAGAUGAAGGACAAGAGGAGAAAUCUGCUGUGGCGAAUCAAUUCUUGACUGCCCUGGAAUAUGAGUCAGCUGAUGACAAAAUUGUUGGUUCUGAAUUGGAGAACCAGGUGAUUUCUGAAAACUUUAUAGUUCAGGAAGAAUCAGAAGGAACUGUUAUACCUUGGCAGUCGAACUUAAUAGCUACAACUGCAAUUAUGAAACCACGGACGGAAUGGAUGUAUGUGAACAAGGAGUGUGUACAAGCGGGACCAGUUGAGAAAGAUGCUAGUGGAAGGCUAUGGUCGAAGAGGGAAAUUGAUUGGACCACCAAGUGCUGGACUUUAGGGAUGAGCAGUUGCAAGAGGCUUAACGAGAUUGAGGAAAAUAGAUGGGCGUACGCUACCCGAGUGCCAGUUCUUACUCCACCUCAGUUUGGUGAGGCAGAAUUAUCCAUAUUGCACAAUAGGGUGGCUAAACACUUAGACAUAGAUGAUGCUGGGGAAUUUGUAAAACUAACACCCCAAGGCAAGAGGGUCAUGUUAAGCCCAUGGUGUUUUCGUCAAAUUGCACAGAAUAUGUUUUCUGGUGAGCCCAGAGUUGUAGAGAGUGCUACUGCCCUGCUGAAGGAUGAUGUUACUAUGUUCAUACAAUUUCUCAAUUCACUCCAUGAUGAUGAUGUUUGUGAUCAGGCUAUUUGAGCUUUGGGAAAGAUUGCUGGUGAAGCCACAACCUGGUUUUUGUCAAACUCAUAUAGAUGCAAGCCAACCCCACCAUCUGACUUGGGAUGUGAAGGACUUGCCAAGCUGGAAAAGAUCCAAACUCAUGGAAAUAAUGGGAUGCAUGAAGAAGCUGUGAGAAUCUUAGAGAAAUAUGGGGCUGAGCAAAUGACAGAGAAGGUUAAAGUAAUGAAGCUCCUAUUCCAGAAAGCAGCGAGGUACUGGGAAGGAAGAAGCGCAAGGAUGAAAGUAAAGCUGAAAGUCCAAGCCGGUUCCUAUCACCCACCUUGAGGACAAGGUGGUUGUCUAAGGGGGGAGAUAUGAUAGGAACCCAUUAGUAUAAUAAUACUAAUAAUAAUAGAAGUAUAUUAAAUAAGUGUGGUAGUGUAUAAGUAAGGAUCCCGGGCCAUGUCAUAAAAUAUGGGCUGGGCCGUUAGGAUAUAUUAUUACUAUAAGAAUGGGAAGGAGAGAAGAUGGGAGUUAGGCAGAAAUUGGAUCUGGAAUUAGGCCUUAGGAGUGUGAGAUGACUCUAACUGUCUCAAACCUUUCUUCUCUUCUAUUUUCUGUUUUACGCUACUGUACGUGGGUUUACUGUUAUGCGACAUUGUACUGGGAGGAUCGGUUCCUCAGAUUUUAUCAAUUGAACACUAAAUUUUUGCUGCUUUGUUGAGUUACCUAUCAAAGUCUUGCUCAUUAAUGAGUUCUAGUCCUACCAGGACCAAUACUUUAUUAUUAAUUAAAUAUAAGUAGACAAAAUAAAAUAAAAUAAAAUAAUAAUAGCAACAACAAUAGACAAGUGGCGUGCAGCCACUCUCUACUUAUUGUAUAUAUUAUUAUUUAUUUUAUUUCCUUUUCUUUUAGAUUCCAAAUCAUAAAGAAAAAUACCAACUUUAUUUAAUUAAAAAUACAUUUUAAUUAAGUACAAUAAAUCCAAUUUAUUCCACUUAACUAAUUCUAUCAAAUAGAACUCUCCUUCAACUUCAUGAAUUAAAUAUGUUUAAUCUAAUUAAUAUUUAAUCCAUUUUCAAUAUUACUAAUUAAAUAUUAUAUAGUCUAACUAAUAAUAUUUAAUUCCUUCUAAUAGUUUAAUCGGAAGAUAUAAUCACUACUUGUUGUGUGACUCAUAGAGCCUUAUAUAUUAAGCACUAAUCAAAAUAAGAUCUUAGUAGAAUCCCUAGACAAUUUACUAGACAAACUUAAUAUAUAAGGACGUUUGCGAGGACUAUUCAAACUCCCUCUAUAUAGAACUCAUAGUGAUAUGGUCCUUUCAUUCAACGAACAUUCAACUAAGUCUAGGACAUGAUAUUGUGUCUAUUCCAAUAACUUAGUUUCUGUCUCUCAGUCUUUCUAGAUGAUCCAUAACGAUCAUAUUCGAUAUCCAAAACGAAUAUAUCUUUGCAUUGGUCAAUGACUUUAUGAUCCAUCUAGAUAUGAGAAGUAGAAUGUUCUCUCUUAAUCUAUUAUGAUGAAUGAAUCCUUUCUUGACUCAACUACUACUCCAUGUGCUUCGUGAUGCACCCAACACAUGCCGUAUCUACCCCGAUUGGAGUGCAAGCGUUGGUCAUGGUCAAAGUACAUCACUCCACACAUGUAGUACGUAUUGACCUCAAGUCGGAGGACUAUUACACUACUCUAUACGCCGAUAAUCACAUAGACACAUGAAUAGAACUUAUCAAAUGGUUUCUCAGUGAGUAUGCCAAUAUUCUCUAAAAUAUCUAUGUGACCAUCAUGUAUUACAGGAACUCAUAGUUGUGAGAUCAACUAUACUUUCUAAAAGUAUGAUGCAGUCAACAUACCAAUCUUAUCGCAUAUCAUCAAUAUUCCAUUCUUGAUGAUCCUUGAUUGGGGCUAUUUUAUGACCUUAUGUUAUAUCAUAUAAGCUCCCACUUACUUAUUGACAACAUAAGUUCAAGGGAACACAAUUAUGAAUAAGAUAUUGACAAUCGAAAUACUUAAUCAUCAAUGUGUAAUACUGUAUAUAUUAAAUAUAUAAAACUGAAUGUCAUCAAGUACAUAUAUUUCUAAAAAGUGAUCGUCGAUAGGACAUAUAUACUAACAAAAACAACAUUUAAGUCGCUCUAUUUCAACUUGCAAUAGAUUACUGUUUCCUCAGUUGACUGCCUCUUUUUUUUCAAUCUCGGUGUACUUGCUUCCUAUUUCGUUAAAACUUUAAAAGAUGUCAUCAUAGAUAUAUUUUCAUCAAAUGUCUACUCAUUUCGUCAUUCUAAUAAACAUAUGGAUGUUAGAUACCUCAACAAAAGCAGCAGAAAUUUACGAUAUAUUGAAGAUGAAAGUCUGGUCGAUUACAACUGAACAGGAAAGAACAGAAAGACAAAGAAGAAAUCAGAACAAGACACUUCGAGCAGUCCCCUCUCUCAAGUCGCAAGCCUAAUUCCAAUUUCUGCCUAACUUUCUUCUUCCUUUCUUCCCACUCUUAUAGUAAUUAUAUCAUAACGGGCCAACCCAUAUUCUAUGACAUGGCCUAGAAUCCUUAUUUACACAAUACCACACUUGUUUAAUAUCAAUCUAUUACUACUAUUAUUAUCCUCUACAGCCCAGGGCCCUAUCAUAUCUCCCCCCUCGACAACCACCUUGUCCUCAAGGUGGGUGAUCGGAGACAACCUUAAGAGAAGUCAGAGCAAAUAAGUGAGAGAAAGAAUGAAUAUUCAAUAUGAAUUCAGCGUGGUUUACAAAUGGGGAAAGUUGUGCUAUUUAUAGCAGCAAUAAAUGCUAGAUAAGGACACGUGUUAGCAUUCUGGUGGUCGAGGGGUCACCUCAACCGUGGUGGCACUGGCACUCGCAUGUGGCCGCAUUAAAUGCGGUGGUUGGAUGUGACGUUUGUACUUGGUACGUUGAUCCAGCGCAUGUGGGUGGGAGAUUCUGUCGAGGAGAUGCCUUCGACUGUAGAUGAUUAGCCGAAGGCUCUUCAUCCUGGGGGCCUUUAGGUGCCGAGGGCUCUAGGUGCUUAAAAGCAGCUGUACUGUAAGUUUAUAAGCCUUCGGCCAUGGGGGCCGAAGGUACCAAAGUGUAUGUCGUGGGCUGCUUGGCACUUGGGGCGUUGUGAUUUGGGCCUGCCGUGCUUCCUGGGCCUGUUAGGCCUUUGUUAUAGUAGUGAGAGUCUAUGGGCCUGGGGUCCCUGGGCCAUAUACUCUAUCAAUGCCCAAAGUUUCAACUUGAAGUUCAAUCGGGAUGUCGGUUAAAUAAAAUAUUGAAACAUACCGCGCUUUAUGUAUAUAAAUAGUGCACAGUAUGUUUCAAUAAUUUAUUUAAUUUACUUGCCGGUUGAAUUUUAAUAUGAAAUUUGGUAAAUAUAAUCUACACUUGGUAAAAUUUGGUAAAUUUUAACCAAAAAAUUCCAUCGAGAAGUACUUGUUAGUCACUUAUAUGGAGUCUUUAAUCGAGAUGUCUUUUAUACGAAGUAAAUUAAUAUAUACAAAUAAUAUAUGACUAUUCACAUAUGAAGUACUUGUUAGUCACUUCUGCACUCCCCUUGUUCAAUUAUUCCGAAUUUCGAAAAUUAAGCUCUCAAGUUUGAAGUUUUCAUCUUUGGACUUUAGUUCGGUUCGAUCAGCAAUUAACAACAUGCACUACUCUCCUAAUUUCCUCAAGAAUAUCUUCCUAAUUUCAAAUUUCAGUAAAAGAGGUAAUUCCUCAAAAAAAAUUAUAUAUAUCUAUAAUUUUCAUUCUUUUAGUUCAUACAAUCGUAUAUUUUAAGACUUUGAUGAAAGAAUUACAUGACUUUGUAUGCUGAAAUUUGUGUAUAUAUAGUUAGGUUUUUUCAAAAUAUUUAUAUAAUCUUUUAAGGCGAGGGCCUUUUUUUCAAAUUGCCCCGGGCCCAUAAAAUGUCAGGACCGGCUCUGACUAAAAAAAGGCUUCUUAGUGCAUUGUGUUCAAUUUAAACUUUUAAACACUUUCUCAUUGUCUCCCUGCAUUUAAUAUGGCAGGCCAUUCAUUUUUUCUUAUGGUGUGUGUUCUGUUUUUCUUUGCAGAGCUUGUAAUGGUGAACAAGGUGAUUACGUAUGACUUAGCAAAUCAAAGGGUUGGGUGGACCCAAUUUGAUUGUUCCAAACCAAUAAAGAUUUCCACAGCGGUCAACAACACCAAUUCCCACAUCAAGAUAGGGGCAACAGCCAUAAAUACAUCAUUCAUAGUUUUCAUAGUAUCUCUAUUUAUAAUAUUAGGAAUAUCAUUAUACUUGUCUCGAUAACGACAUGUGAACUAGCUACUUAACUUAUGCACUACAAUUAGUUUAGUAUGAGGCUGUGAGCAGCUAUAUUUUACUCCUCCAUCCGACCAAUUUUGGGACCAAGGAGGAGGAGGAGUUUUAUAUUACUCAUAAUUAUUGUUAAUAAUACUCCCCCUCCUCCUACCAAUUUUGGGACCAAGGAGGAGGAGGAAUUUUGGGACCGGUUCGGUUCUGACCAACUGCACCAAUUUUCCCAGCAUUUCGACUCCGUUCGGGGGGAAUCCUCGAAUGCUGGUGAGACCCAUACCGACCACAUUACGGGUCAGGUCGAGCGGAUCUCCCUAUCCGACUCUGUUCAUGAGGUUUUAGAGAGGGCUGGAUCUACAGCGAGCCAGAUCUGGUCUACCUCCUCCUGGUUCAACAACUUUUCCCUUCCUCAAUUGCCGGUCGAGCAAUCUGAAGAAUGUCUGGCUCUGACUGCUCUGAAGAUGGGCUUGUACACCCUUCAGAUGCGGGAGGCCCGCCUGGCCAAAGAGCGGGAACUGAUUGUUGCCCAGUCUUCUGCUGAGCAACAUGCUGCUGCUGCCAUCGCCUCUCUGGAGGCCGAACGGAAAACCUUUGCGGAGGAAAAGCAGAGGCUGGAUGCUGAAGUCGGUACCCUUUGGGUCCAACUCGCAGCCUCCCAGGCGAAGAUCCUUGUCGCUGAGGCCGCACGGGUCAGAUUCGAAGAACUGCCAUCCAGUAUCCCGGACGGUCCCUAUGAAGUGAACGUGGAUCUGUCCGCCGUCCGGGACAUGUUUAAAUCCUCCGAUGAAUUCUCCAUCAUCAAGGAUGAACAUGCAAGGGCCCAAAUCCCGUUCGCCUUUGGGGCGUAUUUGAAGGGUUUCCCCAAAGGAGCCGGUCGGCUAUCGGCAGGGGUGGCCCUUUUGGAUAAGGACCCGGAGGCCAAAAAAUGGAAUGAUUCCAUUGUCUCCGAUCUUUAUGGAAAAAUUGGCCAGGUCUUGCUGCGCCCCUUCGUCACUCAGCUUCAAACUCAAUUGGGGAGGCCGGUUCAGGCUUCUGAUCUCCCCACAGAUGACAUCAUCCAGGCGCAGUUCGAGAAAUAUCUGCGAGCCCAGCAACGGGAAGCUGAUCGAGCUGCGGGAAAAGAGCCUGAACCCCCAUCUGAUGAUGAUGAGGAUGAGGAUGAAGAGGGAGAUGACAUGGCCCCCAGUCAAUAAUUCAUAUGUACUUUUUCAUUACUUGUUGUAAUUUUCUUUUUCUCUAAAUAGCUUGUACUUCCCGGUCAGUAGAACCGACGAAUAUAUAUCCCUCUUUUGUCUGAAA